AUGGAGUGCACGCAUAUCCUCUCCCUUCCGACGCAACUCCUGGUGAAGAUCUUAUGGCAUACCAGCCAGUCCAUCAUGGAUAUCAUAUCGGACGGAUCUGAGAGUGGCGAUUACAAGUUCUUGAGUACAAGGGGCGAUAUCUGCCGUGGACGUCCGUCGAUCUUUCCUGAGAAAAGCAUCACUCUCGCACAAGCACCCCUGGCUUCCGCAGAUGUGGCGUGGAAUCUCCUCGUAGCUUCCGUCUGCCGUGACUGGCGUCGUCUCGCGGAGCGCCACGUCAGCAGCAUUUCUGUCCGAGAGGAUCUCGCUGUCUCCCGCCAAGAUCUCGCGAGCGCCGUUACUCGCUUCCCGAGUCUGACCCACCUUCACCUGCACGAUGGCAGCGCGGAGUGCGUCGACGACGCGUUCCUUGCUCACCUCGCCUCCACCUGCCCUAAGCUGAGGGCGCUUCACGUGGGGACCAGGAUCAACCUGUUUCACCGUAACCCGCGGAUCCAGGUCCCAGAAGACUCGCAUCCGAUCACUGAAGCGGUCUCCGUCAUCUGCCAAGCCUUUCCAGUCUUUCCGUAUCUCCUCACCACUGUGCUUGGGCGUGAUGCCGACUCUGCCUCGUCCCCACCUCUACAACUGCCCUCUCUGAGGUCGCUGCGAGUCAACGGCAUCUGCCAAACAUUCUUCGACCUGUUUCCUUCAGGCUCGCCAGGCACCGAUCUCCAACUGCUGGAAAUCGCCUCUGUCAGCGCCGCUGAGAUUCUCCCCGCUGAUAUUGGAGAGCUGAUGCCGUGUGUGCGGGAGUUGAGUCUUUUCAGAUGCGCGAGCGUGACGGAGCUGCCAGAGGAGCUGACCUCCCUCGCACGGUUGGAGAGCCUGCGCAUCUCCUCUUGCACCCAGAUCUCCCGCCUUCCAAGAAACCUCGGGGAGUUGUCGGCACUCAAACGGUUGGAGCUGUUCGCGUUGCCUCUCACAGCCCUCCCUGACUCCCUCGCCCAGCUCACACGCCUCGAAUUCUCUCUCCUCGAAUGCCAGGGGGUUCGCCGGCUGCCAGCGGAAUUCAGCUGCCUCACUGCUCUUGAGACGCUGUAUCUUGGACAGAUGCUUCCAGACGGCAUCGGCAAACUCAGUAACCUGAAAACUCUUCUCCUGGAAGAGCACGGCCAUGUGCAGCGGCUGCUCCCGUCUUCAUUCACGCAGCUCUCUCUCUUGACACGUCUUGAGCUUAACAGGUCCACGAUUGAAGAGCUUCCACAGGACAUAGCGAUGCUGAGUAGCCUGCAGCACCUGUGCUUGUGUUCCUGCCCUAAUCUCAGAAUGAUCCAUGACUCCGUCUCAGGCCUCACAGGGUUGGAGAUCCUAGUGAUUGAUAACUGCUAUCACCUCACGCCAGUUCCAGGGCUGGAUGCUUUCACAAGGCUGAAGCGGCUGGAGGUGGUUCACUGUGUGGCUGAGCCUCCUGCAUCCCUCCCUCCGUCUCUGGAAUUCCUAGCCAUGCCGAUGUACAGUCAGCGCGCUCCUCCCUCCACCAUGCCCCACCUGCCGCAUCUGAGGAGCCUGGAGCUCAGUAAAAUUGAUGCUGGAAGCAACCUGGCAGCGAUCACGAGUGCGUGUCGACUGAGGAGGCUGAAGCUGCAACUGGUGGGAGAAGCCGAGGAUCUCCCCUCGCCCUUUCCACACCUCCCGCACCUCCACGUGCUGCUGAUUCUGGAAUCCCCCAAGCUCAGACGGCUCCCAGAGCGCAUCGGAUCGCUACUACCACAGCUGCGAGAGCUGGUAGUUCAGAAUUCAUCGUUGAGAAGGCUUCCGGCAAGUGUGUGUGAGCUGCAGUGCUUGACGUCGUUGGAGAUCAGAGGAUGCAUUCGCCUGGCACCUCUCCCUCAUGACAUUGGUGUAUUGACUCGCCUGCGCAGGCUGAGCGUGUGCUUCUGCAGGUUCUUGGGGGAGCUGCCUGAUUCCCUGACCCAGCUCACAUGUCUGCAGGAGCUGAAUGCUGGGUUUACUUGCCUCCACUCCCUCCCAUCAGGAUUUGCUCGAUUGUCCAGGCUGAGACGACUCUAUCUGAACGGCUGUGAGAAUCUGGAAGCGCUGCCAGAGGAGGUGACAGAGCUGAGGAUGCUGUGCUACUUGGGUGUGAGGGAUUGCCCACAGCUGCUGAACAGUGACAACCGGGUAGACACUCAUGGCGUUGACCGGAUGUAUGGGCUGGAGGUGGAUGAUUUGGGGACUGUCAUGGACUUUUGA